CAGUUCCAGAGCUCUUUUGCCUCCUGACCUUUCGCUUUCUCUCGUUCCUCCGCCUCAUUCACCUUCACUUUUCAGCAGCUGCCUCCGACUUCCUCCGUGCUUUCUUUCUCUCCAGCUUCUACCCACGGUUCCCCCUGCGAGUUCUGCUUCUGCAUUCUUCCUCAAUUUAUACUGAUCCUUCAGAUUUUUCCUUUGAAUCCCUUAUCUUCUAGGUUUUUCGAGUUGAUCCUUUCGGAUCUUUAUUUGAUAUAUCUUUUCAAUCUUCAAAAUUUUUUUUGGAUGUUCGGGUUCGAUCCCUGUCCCGGAUUAGCUUUUUCACGAGUCUAGUAUGUUAUUCGAGUUGGGCUAGUUAUGGAUGACUCGUUAGUUCGGUAAUUUGUUCGUUGAUUAGUUGAUGGCGUCGUUCCGACGGACUUUGUCGCCGGCGCACCACGAUCGGCAGUACCAAAACGGUGUUGGCUCGUUUUCAGUUUCCUCUCCUCAUCACAAGUUUGCUCCUAGUGCCAAGUAUGCUUCGCCAUUACCAGUGUUGUUUGCGUACGUAACUAGAUUGCGGAGAUUUCUUGCCGGGUUUGUUAUGCGGCGGUAUGCUCGGAAGGGGCAGUGGAGAAGAGCAUUGUUUAGCUGUUUGAUCUUUUUCUUCUUAGGUUUCCUGUGGGGUAUGUUUCCUAUCGGUCACGUUGUCGAUGACAUUCGCCGUCAGGAUGUCUCAUUUGAGAUCAAGCCGCCUCGCGCAAAUGCAGAACUAGUCCCUGAGGAUCGUGCUUUGAAGCGUGAUGAGGCUUUUGUGGUUAAUCCAGUGAGUUUGAGUGUCGAUAAGCAUAUUGCUGCCGAUGGUACGGUCGAUUUUGUGCCGAGGAAGCAACUGAUUGUAGUGACUCCCACAUAUAAUCGGGCGCUUCAGGCGUAUUUUUUAAACAGGUUGGCUCACGUGCUCAGGCUCGUACCUCCGCCAGUUCUGUGGAUUGUAGUGGAAAUGAAUUCAGCUUCUAUGGAAACUGCUGAAAUACUGAGGAAGACUGGUGUGAUGUAUAGGCAUUUAGUCUGCACAAAGAACUCCACAAGUGUGAAGGACAGAGGAGUUCAUCAAAGGAAUACGGCGUUGGAGCACAUUGAGCGCCAUAGACUAGAUGGGAUUGUCUACUUCGCAGAUGACGAUAACAUAUAUUCCCUCGAGUUGUUUGAGACCUUGAGAGACAUAAGACGCUUCGGUACUUGGCCUGUUGCCAUGCUUGCACAAAGCAAAAACAAGGCCAUCUUGGAGGGUCCAGUCUGCAAUGCAAGUCAAGUGAUUGGUUGGCAUACAAAUGAGAAAAGUAAAAGAGUUCGUAGAUUUCAUGUUGAUAUGUCAGGAUUUGCUUUUAACAGCACAAUCUUAUGGGAUUCUAGAAGAUGGAAGCGCCCUACAUCAAAUCCUAUUCGCCAAUUAGACACAGUGAAAGAGGGUUUUCAAGAGACCACUUUUAUAAAACAAUUGGUGGAAGAUGAGAGUCAAAUGCAAGGUUCACCUACUGGUUGUUCCAAAAUUAUGAAUUGGCAUCUCCAUUUGGAUGCUCGUAAUACAAAUUAUCCUAAGGGUUGGCUACUACAGAAAAACCUAGAUGCUGUCAUCCCUGUGAAGUAAUCCCUCGGGCAUUCUUGUGAGCAUUCAGUAGUUUACCCAUAAUUCAUGUCGGCACAUCUCUGGAUAGAUGCUACCUCAGGUUUAGACCAGUGGGACUGCUGCAUUUUGUUCCCUGGCAAAGAUAGAGACAGCUUACUUUGUUUCCGGAACAGAACAACACUCACUUUUAAAAUCAAAUUUUGUUCUUGUAAAGAAUGUUAUUAUUAUUUCAUCGAUAGAGGAAAGAAAAGGUUCCCCAGAGCAAGGAAGGGGAAGUAUUGAUCAAGUUGCAUCAGUGUCCAUUCGGUGUGUUGGAUGGAGCUACUGGGGCCAAACUUGAUGUUUGACAAAACUGUUUCUAACUUACGGCUUGUAUCAAGAUUAGCGAGGGUUACUUCUCAAAUAUAGUUUCGAUCGUCUCCUCCCCAUUCUCUUUUUUAUCCCAGUGUAUAAAGGUUUCGGAAUUAUUGCGAAGUUGCUCUGCUUCCGUUGUUU